ACAGAGAGGAGGAGAUCGAUGCAUUGGAUUCCUUUAGCCGCUCCUCAUUUUAGGUCCCAGAUUUCAUCAAAUCAUUCAAUUUGAUCACAUUCUUCGAAAAAGAAAGGAAGAGAAAAAGAGGAUAAAGAUCAUCUUGAAAAUUUGGGCGAUUCGACAAUUGGAUCCUAAGACUGUUGUACUUCUUCAACAACUAUGGCAGAAGACGAGAUCGCCACUUUGAAAGAAGCGCUUAGCAACCAGCUUCUAUUUAUAAAAAGGCUUCAGGCUGAACUAGAUGACGAAAGAGAAGCUUCAGCCUCUGGAGCAGAUGAAGCUCUGACCAUGAUACUUCGUCUGCAGAAAGAGAAGGCUGAAGAGAAGAUGGAAGCAUGCCAGUACAAGCAAAUGGCUGAGUCAAAGAUGAGCCAUGCUGAGGAAUCUCUGGCAAUGCUUGAACAAGUCAUUUGUCAGAAAGAUAUAGAGAUUGCAUCACUCAAACAUCAAGUUCAAUCAUAUAUGCAAAUGUUAGUAAGGGGUGGUGUUAAUAAUGCUGAAAUUAUGAAACUAAGUGAGAGCCGGUGGUCAAGAACUAGUUCUUUUUUGGAGAGAACGAGCUCUUGUGUUCAGGUCAGAAGGCAGACUUCAAUGCCCUCGAUCCGAUUCAAACAGCUGUGUACUGAGGUCGCUAUUAAAGAUGGAGGUGGUUCUUUAACUCCUACAAUACAAUGGAGGGGAUUUGGUGACAAUAAGAACCAGCUUUUGGAGCACCAAACACAGUGCACUUCUGAAAUUUCUUCUGUUAAAGAAUUUGAAACCGUUUUAGCAAAUAAUCAAUUUAAUAGUGCUGAAGAAGAAUCCUCGCCUUAG